CUUGUGCUCCAGACGGAGGCAGCUUUGUAAUGUAAUUCAAAGACGGCACAGCGAUCGUCCUUCUUCUCCCCCUUGCGUCUCUCGUUUCUCCCUUCUUUCUCCUCUCCUCAUCGUGCAGAUGCUCUAUGAGCUGAGCUGAGCUGAGCCUCGAACUGUAGAUUGAAAUCGAGUCAUGGGCAAGGUGUCGUCGACCGCGCCUGAAAAAAUGGCCAACGAGUCGACCCCGUUGAUCCAGACAGUGCGAGUAGGGCCUCCACGCCGGAGAUACCAUCACCACACUUGUCGCCGCUUCUGCACGAUUGCCUGCGUCAGCCUGCUGCUCUGCGGCUUUGCAUCCUUUAUUCUUCACGCUCUGUACAUCUGGCCCUCUGGACUGGAGCAUCGCCACCGCCAUCCGCAUCACGGCCAUAAGCAUAAGCACCUUACGCACGAGGAUCUGCAAGCCAUCCUGCUCGGCACACCAUCUGGGGAAAAGGCUGAGGAAUGGAGCCGCUAUUACACGUCGGGAGCACACCUUGCUGGUAAGAACUAUUCACAGGCCGAAUGGACCAAGGAUAGGUGGGAGGAAUGGGGUGUCAGCUCCAGUAUUGUCGCCUAUGACGUCUAUAUCAACUACCCCGUCGACCACAGCGUCUCCUUGCUGCAAAAGUCAAGCGACGCCAAGUCCUGGAAUGUUGCAUUCAAGGCAUCUCUGACCGAAGACGUUCUUGAAGAUGACCCGACUACCUCUUCCAAGGACAAGAUCCCGACUUUUCACGGUUACUCUGCCAGCGGAAAUGUCACUGGAUCUUUUGUCUAUGUCAACUAUGGAACCUACCAAGACUACGCGGAUCUAGUUGAGGCCGGCAUCGAUCUCGAGGGAAAGAUUGCCAUCGCCAAGUAUGGAGGCAUCUUCAGAGGCCUCAAGGUCAAGCGUGCCCAGGAACUCGGCAUGAUUGGUGUCCUGAUCUACAGUGACCCUGGCGAUGAUGGUGAGAUUACCGAAGAGAACGGCUAUGCUGCCUAUCCUGAAGGCCCUGCUCGUAAUCCCAGCAGUGUGCAGCGUGGAAGUGUCCAAUUCUUGAGCUCGCGCCCUGGUGACCCAACAACCCCUGGUUACCCUUCCAAACCCGGUGUUCCUCGUGCCCCAGCUGAUGAGACGACUCCAUCAAUCCCCUCCAUCCCCAUCUCAUAUGCCGAUGCCGUACCGCUCCUCAAGGCUCUCAACGGCCACGGUCCUCGAGCUAGCGAUUUGAACAAGUGGUGGAACAGGAACCUCGGCUUGGGCCACAAGGGCGUCAAAUACAACAUCGGUCCCUCGCCCAAGGAUGUUGUCAUUAACCUUAACAACGAGCAAGACUAUGUAACCACCCCUCAGUGGGACGUCAUUGGCAUCAUCAACGGCACUAUUCCCAACGAAGUCAUCAUUGUCGGCAACCACAGAGACGCUUGGAUCGUCGGCGGUGCCUCUGAUCCCAACAGCGGUUCAGCCGUCCUGAAUGAAGCUGUUCGAAGCAUUGGAAAGGCUUUGGAAGCUGGCUGGAAGCCUCUUCGAACCAUCGUCUUCGCCAGCUGGGAUGGAGAGGAAUAUGGCCUAAUUGGAAGCACGGAGUGGGUUGAAGAGUACCUUCCCUGGAUUUCUGACGCCAACGUAGCAUAUGUUAACGUUGACGGCGGCGCCUCUGGACCACGAUUCUCUGCUUCAGCAGCGCCCCUUCUAAACCAAGUUCUUCGAGAUGCAACCCAUUUAGUUCCGUCCCCCAACCAGACUGUUCCCGGCCAGAGUGUUGGAGACGUCUGGGAUGGAAAAAUCAGCACAAUGGGCUCUGGAAGUGAUUUUACUGCCUUCCAGGACUACGCCGGCAUCCCUAGUGUCGACAUGGGCUUCGGCGGAAAUGGCAGUGGCCCUGUGUAUCAUUACCACAGCAAUUACGAUAGCUUCCACUGGAUGAGCGAGUUUGCCGACCCGGGUUUCGUCUACCACAGGACUAUGGCCCAGGUUCUAGGCAUACUAAUUGGCGAGCUUUCCGAUAGAGUUGUCAUUCCAUUUGGUGCGACCGAGUACGCCGACGCUCUGGAUGGCUAUCUCGACAAAGUCGAAGCCAAGAUCCAGUCCGCUGGUAUCGAAUCGGCCGCCACCGAUGAUGAAGUCUUUGCGAUUAGAGGCAGUGUUACAUCCGAGGAGGUGAUUGGAAGCCAAGACGCCUUUGAAGAAAGCCUGAAGAAGGUCCGACGCUCAAUUUCCGAAUUCAGAAAAAAGGCAGUGAGCCUGGAUGAACGCGCUGCCUGGGCGAAGAAACGCCUUGAAAAGGGCCUUCCAUGGUGGAACGUUAUUGGCAAGGCCAGACUUGCGUUGACGAUUAUCAAGGUCAACCGUCAAUACAAGUACAUUGAGCGACAGUUUUUGUUCGAGGGAGGUCUCGACAACCGCAGUUGGUUCAAGCAUGUUGUAUUUGCUCCGGGCCUGUGGACAGGCUAUGCUGGUGCUGUGUAUCCAGGCCUCGUGGAAAGCAUUGACGCCAAAAAUUACAGCAACGGGCUCAAGUGGGCCAACAUCAUCAAGCACUCUGUUGACAAGGCCACAAAGAGCAUCCAAUAAGGAUUUCCCAUUUCGAAAAGAUUAGACAAGAAAUCUGUCGUCAUAAUAUGUGUGGAAUGGAUAUCGUGUGGUGUGAAUAUUGUCCAUGUCCUGUAUAAUAUUACCAUUGUUGUAGCGAGAAGCAGUGCUAGUUUACGAUUACAUAUUUCUUUCAUCCCCCUU